UAAAAAGCGAUUGUUCGGAAACCGCAAGUUACAGGUGAUAAGACUUUAAUAUCUAUUUAAAUAAACAGAAAAUGUUUGAAAGCGACGAUUGGGAUCUGGAUCAGGAUUUCUUAAAUGAUGUGGACAAGAAAUCGCAUACUGUCUGUUUUGCAACAGAUAGGGAUGAAGUUGAGCUGAAGAGACGUAAAAUAGAAGUUUCUAAUCAUUCUGUUUUUUCGUCCAACACUGAUGUGGACCGGUGUGAACAAAAAUCUAUUAACACAGCUACAACACAAUGCAUUGAUAAAACAUCGAGGAAAAAUUUAAUUCUUGGCAUGUUUAACAAGAAUUUGUCGAACAGUAAUGUUUCUCAAAAGUCACCUAGAGACAACAUGGUACAAUCUGAAUCAAACAUGAUAAAAAGCUCUAAUAAUAGUCAAUUACCUAGGAAAAAUUUAGUGCUUGAAAUACUGAAAAAGAAGAGUACAGAUGGUACAGUUAUAGAAAAUAAUACAAAAAAUUUGGUCCCAAGAAAUACUGAAUUAAAAGCUAAGAGCAAUAGCAACACUCAUAUACAGGAACAAGAAUCUUCUAAAGUAAAGCAUCAACCGCCUAAUAAAAAUGCCCAAAGAAAAAGUGAUUUGAACAAUGAUAUCCUUAAGCGAGGUUCGUAUGAAAAUUCAAGGAAACAGUUGUUGGUUAAUUUACUGAAGCAGCAUUCUAUGAAUAUUAUGGAACACAAGAAUAAGUCCGUCAUGAAAGCACCACAAGCGCAAUCUAAUAAAAAAAUGACACUGGUCAGAAGAUUUCCUGGACCAGCUGGUUUACUACCAGAUGGCAUAGAGGCUAGUGUUCUUCCUAUUUCAUACCUAAAUAGUUUAGACGAAAGCGAGGAGACAAAGGAAUCGAAUGAAGCCGAUUUGCCCGAAUAUUGCUCUCAAAAUACAAAGGAUCUGUUUACAGAAGGGGCUUGGCAAUUGAUGUUAGACGAUUUACCAAAUGAUUUUUUGAAAGGUUACGAAAUUGCUACAGUUAAACAGAUGGCAAAUACAAACGGUUACAAUUGUACAAAGAUUGAUUUUUUAGCAGGGGUAGUAGAACGUAUAGAUAAUAGUCAUGAAAAUCCCCCCAUUGUUCUGAAGGAUUUUACAGACAGCAUUCAAGGAAUUGUACAUAGAGAUAUACCACUUAAAUAUCCUGGUUUACUGGAGUCAAAUGUUGUUAUAUUAUUACACGAUGUAGGUUUAUUAAAGACCUCUAAGUCCCUUGUCUCCAAUAGAUAUCAUAUUCUAAUUUCACCUUCGAGCUUGUUAGCCAUUUAUUCUAGCAAAGGUAAAAUAGAGCGUACGCGUUACAUGGAAUCAAUCUUGGGAAACGUUUCGAACGGAGAAAUGGAGCCAGACGCAACAAGGGAAGAUCGAGUUUUUUCAAAAAUUUUAGUAAAAGAAUCGCAGAAAGUUCUGAAUGACUCUCAUAAAAAAAUAUCAAAGUUUGGAAGCUCGAUUGAAACAUUCGGAAAUGAAUCAAUAGGUAUUGAUCUGACAGAAGAGUUUUCCUUUUCAGUUCCUUCCAACGAAAUUACAGAUAAGCAAAAUACGACGAAUUUCGUUUGUUCAGCGUCAACAAGUCUGAGGGAUACAAAGAAAGAAGAUAAACAACGACAAAGUAAUUGUACAGAAAAAUCGAAAAACUUGGUGGACAGUUUAAAGAGAUUUUCUCAUGUGAGUACCAGUGAAAAGUUUUCGCGUAAUUCAAGAAGUUCACGAAUGGAUAUGGAACAUCCGGUGUCUACGAGUACACGCACGGAAGAAGCGACAUCAGAAAUGUUAUGCGAUAAUCCUACUGAAAAGAUGGACAUAGACGAGGAGGAUAUAAAUCGAUGUCCGAAAGAAACAGAAUCGGAGAAAAACGGAUUGUAUAGAUCUUGUUUCGGAAGCGCAGAGAAGACCAAACUUCCUGUACGAUCAAAAUUAAUGAAAUUCAAAAAUGCGGACGUAUUAACGCCGCCUCGAUCGUCCGAAUCUAAUCCUUCGUUAGAUUCAAACAACGACAAUGACAUAGAUGGACAGAAGAAAUCAUCUGAGAAUCCUAAUUCGGUGUUAGAGAUACUUUGUGCCGCUGAAAAUGAUUCUGACGAUGAAAUGUUGUCCCAGAUAGACAUGGACAGUAUUUUGACUAAUUACAAUAACAAGGAUUAGGUAUCACUAGAGUCUUUUUAGCCGCACGAGAAUCGCAGAUAAUGUAGACAAACAUUGGAUCGUACUUUAUUAAGCCGUGAGGACCUAAAAGUUUUUUUUUUUUUCGA